UUUUUGGUAGAAUAGAACCCAUCUAGAAAUCAAGCUUGACUUCAUUCUUCACAUUACAAAAUCCCAAACCCUAAUUCCCAAAUCCACAGAAAUCGAUUCCAAUGGCGGAGCACUUGGCAUCAAUCUUCGGCACAGAGAAAGACAGAGUGAAUUGCCCAUUCUACUUCAAGAUCGGAGCAUGCAGACAUGGCGAUCGCUGCUCCAGGCUCCACACCAAACCCAGCAUCAGCCCCACCAUUCUCCUCUCCAACAUGUACCAACGCCCUGACAUGAUCACUCCCGGCGUCGACGUUCACGGCCAACCCAUCGACCCUCGCAGGAUCCAGGACCACUUUGAAGAAUUCUAUGAGGAUUUGUUUGAAGAGUUGUCUAAGUAUGGUGAUAUUGAAAGCCUCAAUGUGUGUGAUAACCUCGCUGAUCACAUGGUUGGUAAUGUGUACGUUCAGUUUAGAGAGGAAGAACAUGCUGGUAAUGCUGUUAGGAAUCUCACUGGAAGGUUUUAUGCUGGUCGUCCAAUUAUUGUUGACUUCUCUCCGGUGACGGAUUUUCGGGAGGCUACUUGCAGGCAGUAUGAGGAGAAUACUUGCAACCGUGGUGGUUAUUGCAACUUCAUGCACUUGAAAAGAAUUAGCAGGGAAUUGAGGCGCCAGUUGUUUGGGAAGUCUCAUGGAAGGCACAGCAGGAGCCGGAGCAGGAGCCCAUACAGGCAUCGGAGCCAUGAGGAUCGGUCUCAUCGCAGUCAUAGCAGUAAGUAUGAUGACAGAGACUAUUAUCGUGAGAUUCGUAGCAGGAGACGCAAGAGCACAAGUCCUGAGCGUAGGAGGGGACGGAGUCGCAGUCGGGAAAGGAGGAAUCGUACUCCAGUCAGGGAUCCCAGUGAGGAGAGACGAGCCAGAAUUGAGCAGUGGAACAGGGAGAGGGAAGAGCAAGGUUCUGCAAGUAAGGCUAAUACUGAGCAAACCAACAAUGGUGACAGUGGGCACAUGCAGAAUUCUAGCACAUAUGAUGGGCUUCAGCAACAAGAGCAGCAACAGCAACCUCCUCAGGAGGGAUAUUGAUCUUUUCAUGUUAUUAUGGUGCAGGUGCACUGUCUGUGAUAUGGAAUGUGUUAAACUCCCUUCCCCUUUUUUUUGACUUCUAGGAUUUUUCCAUUUUGUUUUUCAUGCAUGAUGUGUGAUUGUAUGUAAAUGCUUGUCCCAUUUUAUGCAGGGUUCUAAAUAUUUCUUUACUUUUAACCAUGUUUUCUACACUGAUCUUUCAUAGGCUAACUGUAUGAUGUAUUGGUGAAAAAUGUGUUUGAAAUACUUAGCUGCUGAGCACUUUCUUCUUUUCACUGUAUGUAUAAAAUUAAUCUGAAAAUAAUGUGAAAAUGUUAAUUUUUCAUGUCUCAUGCCGAUCCUUCAAAUUUUUAGCUAUCCUGUAGCCAAGAAUUUUUUGUUUUUUUCUUCAAAGCUGUUCAUCUUUACUGUCUUUCCUGUUGAGUUUUUCAAAUGUGGUGUCAAUUUCUUUGCAUUUCAAUGUCUUUCACUAAUUGCAGUAUAGCCUCAGCCCUCAAGGCAUUCUGGCUAUGUAGUCCUAAAAAAACAGCCUUGUCAUUCACGGCUAGAUGCCCGGAAUUCAAUGUAUACUUUUUGUUAUCUUUACAUCUUUCUGUACGAAGAACGGGUGUCCCUUCUUAACUGUCUAUUUAUGCCUGAAACAAGGGUUUCACCUUUUCUCAACUGACUAUUUAUGAGCAUCUAAUAGAUCAUGCAUGCAUGCUACAGUGGUUGGUUUGCAGUUAGUGCAUGUAUGUAUUUUUUUACACUCAGGGACCCUGAUCAAAGUUUUACAUGAAGACUAACAAACGACCAAUUUCAACAGUUCUAUAAGGGGUUUUUGUUCUAUAUGAGCUCUUCUUUUUAACUCUAUUGGAAUUGGAAAUAGCAUUAUCUUACGUUUUCAGUUUUGCAGGUUCAGGUAUUCCUGCUUCUAAGAUUGAGUCCUUGAGUUAAUUGCAGUUUACCGUGGAAUUUGUGUACAGGUUUCUGCGUAUGCACUGGGAGGAUAUUUUAUUGCAUCUUUCAGGUAUAUUUUGGAGAGCUUCUUAAGCACUAUCGGCUGGCAAGUAAUCGUGUUAGGGUUUUCUCCUGAUUGCAGGCUGAGGAAGAUGGGCUAACUUUGUUAUUUUUCCUUUGCUUAUUAGGAUGCUUUAUUGAUGUAAGUUUUAGAUGUCUAUUGUGGAGACUGGGAUUUGAAAUCUAUACUUUUAUGUCGUGCUUGUAAAAUUGUUACUGAGGUUGUAGGCUUUUGUUUGAAAAUUGAUGUUAUUCAUGCUUUUAGAUCA